AUGUGUACUAUAUACAGAAGUGUACUACAUACUGGUGUGUACUAUAUACUGGUGUUUACUAUAUACUGGUGUGUACUAUAUACUGGUGUGUACUAUAUACUGGUGCGUACUAUAUACUGGUGUGUACUAUAUACAGGUGUGUACUAUAUACUGGUGUGUACUAUAUACUGGUGUGUACUAUAUACUGGUGUAUACUAUAUACUGGUAUGUAAUAUAUACUGGUGUGUACUAUAUACUGGUGUGUACUAUAUACAGGUGUGUACUAUAUACUGGUGUGUACUAUAUACUGGUGUGUACUAUAUACUGGUGUAUACUAUAUACUGGUAUGUAAUAUAUACUGGUGUGUACUAUAUACUGGUGCGUACUAUAUACUGGUGUGUACUAUAUACAGGUGUGUACUAUAUACUGGUGUGUACUAUAUACUGGUGUGUACUAUAUACUGGUGUAUACUAUAUACUGGUAUGUAAUAUAUACUGGUGUGUACUAUAUACUGGUGCGUACUAUAUACUGGUGUGUACUAUAUACAGGUGUGUACUAUAUACUGGUGUGUACUAUAUACUGGUGUGUACUAUAUACUGGUGUGUACUAUAUACUGGUAUGUAA